CGCAGGAGGAAAUGGAAACGCUGAUUUUAUUUCCUCGCUCAGAAAUCACAGAAUAUUAGUCUGUUUGUUAGUAACCCGGUUUUAUAAGUGGUAGACGCCCUGUCACUAACUUAUGAGCACUAAUUUGUCUGACAGAGCUCUUCAGCUUUUUGCUCACGUGGCUGUUCUUAUUUCCAUGGCAAUAACACUGUGUGUUGUUUUUAUACUUUUAGCUUCUGUUGAUAGCGAUGAUGGGAACUUGAGCUUUGCCUCCUAUUAUGGGGACUACAUGGUACUGCAGAAGUCUCCAGAGAGAGCUGUGCUGUGGGGCUACGGCCCAGAGGGUGCACAGGUCACCGUCUCCUUGUCAGGACCAAUAAAACAGAAAACCUCACCGGUCAAUGUGACAAAAGGGGUCUGGCGAGUCACCCUUGAUGCUGUCGAAGCUGGCGGUCCAUACAAUGUGACAGCAGCCACUGAAAAAAACACAGUCACUUUGACAGGCCUGCUGUUUGGAGAUGUUUGGCUGUGUGGAGGGCAGAGCAACAUGUACUUUAAAACUUCUCAGAUUUUCAAUGCAUCAGAGGAGCUGGCCCUCGCGGCGAAGUAUCCUCAUGUGAGGACGUUUAUGGCAGCCUUGCACAUGAGUGAAACUGAGCUGACUGAUCUGAUUGAAGUGGAACUUCCCUGGACUGUGCCCACAGAAAGCAGUGUGGGUGAGUUUUCUGCAGUGUGCUGGCUCUUUGGACGUUACAUGUACGAGAUUCUGAAGUACCCCAUAGGACUGGUGGAGUCUUGUUGGGGAGGCACGCCUGUCGAGGCCUGGUCAUCUUCAAGGGCCCUGAAGCAGUGUGGACUAGAGCAAACUAUAAACAGUCCUAAAGAUAGAAAUUCGGUCUUGUGGAAUUCAAUGAUCCACCCACUGCUCAACAUGACUAUCAAAGGAGCCAUCUGGUACCAAGGUGAGGAAAAUGCAGGCUAUCAUCAGGACAAGUACAACUGCUCCUUCCCUGCCAUGAUUGAUGACUGGAGGAUGGCUUUUCACCUGGGCUCAGGGGGGCAAACAGCAAAGGAUUUCCCCUUUGGCUUUGUCCAGCUGUCCACCUACAAAAAAGACUCCACAGAUGACGGCUUUCCGAACAUCCGCUGGCACCAGACGGCAGACACUGGCUUUGUCCCCAACCCACGGAUGCAGCGAACCUUCAUGGCUGUGGCUAUGGAUUUACCGGAUGAAACAUCACCCUAUGGCACGAUCCAUCCCCGGGACAAGCAGGAUGUAGCUUACAGACUGACAUUGGGAGCAAGGGCAGUGGCAUAUAAUGAAAAGGACAUGCCCUUCCUUGGACCUUUCCCCCAAAAAAUCAUUCUCUCGCAAAUGUAUGUUAACAUUACCUACGACCAGUCAGUCUCUGUCACAUUCUCUAAAGACAUCUUUGAGAUCUGUUGCUCUGGGAUUCAAGCUCCAUGCGGGCCUCGGUCCCCCUGGGUUCCAGCUCCCAUCAUCCAGUGGGGUCCGACCACUGUCCUGUUAUCUGCCAGUUUGUGUCCGCCCACUGAAGAAGUAGCUGCUCUUCGAUAUGCAUGGAGAGACUGGCCCUGUGACUUUAAAGCCUGUCCAAUCUACAGUGGCAGUAGGAUUUUACCUGCUCCUCCUUUUAUUUUCAACGUAGCCAAAAAUAUUAGAAGGUAGUGAACCAGAAACGUAUUUUAAAAAAAAAGGUUUGGUUCUGAAGGUCAGAAUUACUUGAUUGGACGGAUAUUAAGCUUAUCUGUAUACGUACAUACUGUGUGCCACUGUUUA